AUGGACGUUCUUGAUCGGCUCCAGUCUGGUCUCUUCUUCAGGCCCGAUGUCGCCGACAUAACUUCGACCGUCAUCCAGCCUUACAUUUUGUCCAACCAAGUCCAACCCACAAGCCAUUACCAGAAGAAUGCUUCGUCCAGCAUCCCGGCUGCAACUCUCACUUCGAUACAUAGUUCUACUCCUGAAGUUUCACUCCCGUUGCUGAGCGUCUCGGCCGACGUGGACAUCCAUGGGAGGCUCUGUACUACGAAAGUGACACAGCAGUUCAGUAAUGCUUCCUCCUCGACCACACAAAAUGCAAGAUACGUCUUUCCUAUCUAUGAUGGAUCGGUUGUUACUUCAUUUCGCUGCUGGAUCGGCAACGACAGGCUUCUUGAGGGAGUUGUGAAAGCCAAGGAAGCGGCUAGAGCAGAAUUUAAACAUGCUGUGUCCCAACGCAAGGUUGCCGUACUGGUUGAAGAGCUGGUGCCGGAGAUUUUCGAGACGAGCGUGGGAAAUAUCCCUGCACAAACCACAGUCAAGAUUGAGAUCACGUACACCAAUCUCCUCAAGGUGGAUAACAGUACUGGUGGACUGGUGCUUACGAUCCCAACAUCGAUCGCACCGCGAUACGGAGCCGUGCCGAAAGGAUACAGCGGAAAUGAGUCGCUUCUCACAGAGGGCCUGAGAAUUAACGUGCAAGCAUCGAUGCCGACAGCCAUUCGCAAGAUGGAGUCGCGAUCACACCCCAUAUCUGUCGAGAUGGGAGCAGUUUCCCACAAACGCUUUACAGAUUUCGCAGCAAGUGCAUCUUCAGACACACUGGAUUACUCCAAGGGCCGCGCGACGCUAUCAGACAGAAAGGCCGUCCUUGGCCAAGACUUUGUCUUGCACAUUUUGUGUAGCUCUCGCGAAUUUUCGCGGUCACAAGCUAUUGCGGCGUCGCAGCCUGGCCAACCCCGCCUCUCCACGAUUGCCGUCACCUUGCACCCCAGCGAUCUGUUUGGUCAAAAUGUUCAUAUGGAGGAUUUUGUCGGCGAAAUUAUCUUCAUGGCGGAUAGAUCAGGGUCAAUGAGUUCAAAGAUCCCCUCUCUCAUCAAUGUAAUGAAUAUUUUCCUGCGAAGCCUCCCUGAAGCAUGCUCGUUCAACAUCGCCUCCUUUGGUUCCCAAGUUACCUGGCUGUGGCCUUCCUCUAUGAGAUACAGCCAAACAAACUUGAAUGUCGCCGCGAAGCAUGUCGAAUCAUUCCAAGCAAACUAUGGCGGGACCGAAAUCUAUGACGCUCUGCACAGUGUUCUGGAUCACUACAAUGAGCGGAAUGACGUGCCAACCAAUGUGAUCUUGUUAACUGACGGUGAGGUCUGGGAUGUAGACAAUGUGAUACAGCUGGUGCACAGAACGGCCUCAAACGGUAAUUCAAACAUCAGGUUCUUUUCUUUGGGAAUUGGUGAUCAAGUCUCUCAUCGCUUGGUCGAGGGUAUCGGGCAGCAAGGGGGCGGUUAUGCAGAGGUCGUGCCAGAGUCCUCGAUGGGUUCAUGGCAGGAAAGAGUAAUACAAAUGCUGAAGGCAGCAUUGACACCAUCUCGCCUUCAGUGCAAUGUUGAUCUUGGCGAGGAACUUGCCAGGAAGACAUCUGAGAGGCAGAUUGCCGGAUAUACUGUGCAAUACCCUCAGUGGGUUCAGGCUCCUCACCAGAUCCCUGUGCUGAGUACCUUUUCGCAUUUAUCUCUCUACUACAUUGUGGAGAGCGGAUUGGACUCACUGCCAAAAACAAUCAAUAUCACUACAACGAAUGAGAGAGGAGAGAAGCUCUCGGCGCAGCUGCCAAUCCAGACAGUCGCUGAACAACCAGCCAUUCACCAUCUGGCGGCGAAAGCACUGAUGAAUGACUUUGAAACCGGUCAAAGCUGGCUGCAUUCACUUAACCCAAUCCUCAAGUCCACUAACCCAACAGGAUUCGAAAAGGUUCUAGAGCAGGAAGCACAGCAUGUCGGGCAGACGUGGUCGAUACCCAGCAAGUGGACGAGCUAUGUGGCUAUUGAUCGUACCACGGCCCAGCAACAUGCGAUAUCGGUCCAUAAAGCGGAUGCUAUCGAAUUUUCGCAAUUGACCAGGCCACGACAUACCUCUAUCUUUCCGGACCCGCGUAUAAGUAAUAAGGGAGACCCUUUUGCCCGGGGAUGUCUGCUCAGUUAUCCUCGCCGCGAAUUCCUUGCCUCCACUUCAAGGUUAUCCGGGGAAGAUACGCAGCCUCUUUCGCCGUCUGCACCACCGGCGGCUGGGCCUUAUGCUUUAGAUACCUUUUUUGAGCCCACAUAUGCCGCGAGUCCAAGCUCGUUCUUGGCGGGAUUUGACUACCACCAUAACCAGCCAAGUCAAUAUCAGGGCCAGCCCCCAGCUUCACCGGUGACGUCCCAAACUGCGGAGGUAUGGCCACGCUCAAGGAAUGCAAGCGUAGCUUCGUCCCUCUUGACCCAAUCGAGAGGCAGGGUCGAUAAAACAGCUGCGGCCUAUAAUGAUCCCGGCGAGGGUAAAGAUAUAGACAUGCACGAUGCGUGCCCCGUAUCGCGCGUGGAUAGCGAUGAGGCUAUUGCUGCUGCACCUCGCGAAUCCUCCGAGCGAGGCCGAGCUACACGCUAUGUCAGGCCCCGCAGCUCUAGCCCAGAUGAUGAGGCCGAAGUCCACUAUCAUCUUUCCAAAGCUCACUCACUAAAUAAUACGACCCGGAGUGGCAGCCGCCAAACCCGAUUUUGCAGACCUCAGACUCCGGACAGCGACGCUUGCGAUGCUGAACACCCGAGGCCAUCAGAUUUUCCUUCCUUGGACACAAUUCUCUGCAUGCAGCGGGCGGACGGCAGAUUUUACGUUAUCAGCGGUUCCUUGAGAAUCGCCCUGAAACAGAAAUAUGAGCACGAGGCGCUUCACAAGUUCCUCAUCUCCAGGUUCUGCCGAAAGUCAUCGAUCAGGGUGGGGCCUCUCUGUCAAUUGGCCUACUGUGUUUGUCUCAUUGUUCAUAUUACUCAUGAGUAUGCUUCUUCGAAGGCGCUCUGGGAGCUCCAGGUGGCAAAGGCACGGCAAUGGAUCAAGCGGACGAUCAAGCGAUGGAUGAAGGAGAGUGGUGAUUCGGAGGAAACACCAGAGACAUCACUGGAGGAAUCUGCAGAUUCUAUGCUCGAGGAGAUGGAGAAACUAGUCUUGCAGCAGGGCUGA